AUGGCCUCCGUCCUCCGUUGCAGUCCCAAGCUGCGUAUGGCGGCUCGUAUGCCCGCCGCUCGUGCGCUUUCCACCACUGCGCGUCUUAACGCAGCCGAGAAGCCUUACUUCCCUAACGAGCCCACCGCCCCUUCGCUCUCGACCGCUAUCCCCGGCCCCAAGAACAAGGCCGCCGCGGCCGAGCUCGAUGAGGUCUUCGAUGUGCGCAGCUUGAACAUGCUCACUGACUACUCCGAGUCUGUCGGUAACUAUAUCGCCGAUCUCGAUGGCAACAAGCUUCUCGAUGUCUAUGCCCAGAUUGCCUCCAUCCCAGUGGGCUAUAACAACCCCCACCUCCAGCAGGUGGCUCAGUCCCCCGAGAUGAUCCGCGCCUUGAUCAACCGUCCGGCUCUGGGUAACUUCCCCUCCGCUGACUGGUCGCACAUCCUGAAGAGCGGUAUCCUCCGGGCUGCUCCCAAGGGCCUGAACCAGGUCUUCACUGCCAUGGCCGGCUCUGAUGCCAACGAGACCGCCUACAAGGCUGCCUUCAUGUACUACCGUCAGCUCCAGCGUGGUGGCCCGGAGGUUGAGUUCACUGAGGAGGAGCUGCAGUCCACCAUGAACAACCAGGGUCCUGGCUCCCCUCAGCUGUCUAUCCUCUCAUUCAAGUCUGCCUUCCACGGCCGUCUUUUCGGCUCCCUGUCCACCACUCGCUCCAAGCCCAUUCACAAGCUGGACAUCCCUGCCUUCGACUGGCCCCAGGCUACUUUCCCCCAGCUGAAGUAUCCUCUUGAGGACCAUGUCCAGGAGAACGCCGCCGAGGAGAAGCGCUGCCUGGAGGAGGUUGAGCGCCUCAUCAAGGAGUUCCACAACCCCGUCACCGCCGUGAUGGUCGAGCCCAUCCAGUCCGAGGGUGGUGACAACCACGCUUCACCCGCCUUCUUCCAGGGUCUCCGUGAAAUCACCAAGCGUAAUAACGUGCUCUUCAUCGUCGACGAGGUUCAGACCGGUGUCGACUCCCCCGACAUGGUUACCUUCUCCAAGAAGGCCCAGACUGCCGGUUACUACUUCGGCAACCCGGCCCUACGCCCCAACAAGCCUUACCGCCAGUUCAAUACCUGGAUGGGUGACCCCGCCCGCGCCCUGAUCUUCCGUGGCAUCAUUGAUGAGGUUGAGCGUCUCGGCCUUGUCGAGAACACUCGCAUCACCGGUGACUACCUGUACGCCGGCCUCGAGCGCCUUGCCCAGAAGUAUCCCGAGCAUUUCCAGAACCUGCGUGGCAAGGGCCAGGGUACAUUCAUCGCCUGGGAUACCCCCAAGCGGGACGAGUUCCUCGCCAAGGCCAAGUCCGUCGGCGUCAACAUCGGUGGCAGCGGCGCCCAGGCCGUUCGCCUGCGCCCCAUGCUGGUCUUCCAGAAGCACCACGCCGAUAUCCUUCUCGAGAGCAUCGAGAAGAUUCUCAAGCUCCUUUAA